CCUUCCUGCAGCGCUAUAUAAAAAACACUACGCGGCUAGCCGUCACCUCCGUUCCAGCCUGCCCUGCCCAAGCAAAGAAUCCCCCCUCGUGCCGUCCCUACCAGCCAGCCGCCGUCGACGAUGAUGUGGGGCGUCGCAGCCGCCGUCGCCUCCGCGGCCGCCGUCGCCGUGGCCUCCGGCGCCGAGCUCCUCGCCUGCGACUGCGCCCCGACGGAGCCCGCCGCCGCCGUCGCCGUCGGCAGAUGCGACGAGUUCCUCCUCCGCCAGCGGGAAUCCUCGGCGCCGAGCGGGGCGAGCGGCGGCUCCGGCACGGACGACAAGUUCGCGCCGCGGUUCGACGGCCUGCGCUUCAUCGAGACGCUCGUCACGGCGCACCGCUGAAAUCCCCCUGUUUCCUCAGGGGAUUCUUUCUCUCCGUGCGAUUCGCGGGGAGAGGCGAGCUGCUACCCUAUUGAUUCGGCGAUUGGCGGCCAACGCGCCGCCAGAUUUUUGCUACUAGGACAAAUUGAGGUUUUUGGUUUCUUUUCUCCCCUUUUUCUCUUUGCCGAUGACGAUUGUCGUCCUAUUGUUGUUGAGUGAUGCGAUUGAAUUGGAACCUUCAAGUGGCUUGUGAUGAUUGUA